AUAAAAUGCAAAAGAAAAAAGUAAGAGUUGAAUCAAUUCGUUCGGGACACUAAAUUAGAAAUAAAGUUACUGUAGUACGUGUUGUUUUUCCGAUAUAGCACAGCAAAAACUCAACACACUGCCUUAUUAAAAAUUUAGUAAAAACAUAAACAAAGCAUACAAAUCAUCUCUUAGUCAAAUAAGCAGUUAUCAAUCUUUACUAAAAUAUGUAAGAAAUGAGGUGUCAUUCACACAUGGAUGUAUAUUUUAAUAUUUACAAAAAUAUUCAUAUUGCCUUUGAAUUUUGUCACUUUGAUUUGUCUUUGAUAAAAAUAAAACAUUUUAAAGAAAAAAGGUGAAACCUGGAAGGAGAGUGAAACAUGUUUAUAUUCCAUGUUAAACGUGGAAUAUGUGAAAUCAAAACACAUGUACAUUAAAAAAAAAGAGUUUAUUUUGUCCUUGUUUUUCAAACCGACUGUAUCAGUUAAGAAAAACUGUUUGUUGUUGAAUUCAUUUAAUUAUCGAAGGUUUAGUUACAAAUAUUGCUUUGGACAAAAAGUUUCCAAAAUAAACUUGGGUAUAGCUUCAAAAAGUUUCUCGUUCUACUGAUAAAAUUUUCGAACAAUAAUUGUAAACAGUUGCAUUGAUGUUGUUUAGUAAAUUCAAGAAAAAGUUUUUUUUUAAUUGAAAAGUAUGGGUCUGCAAUUUUUCUUAACAGCUUUUAACUGGUGGCAUCGUAUUUAUAUUACACUUAUUUCCACCUAUCCUUAGAUUGGUGGAAAUAAGUUUAACAUUACUUAAAUUGACUGGUGGAUUAGUGUGUGUUGUUAUCCUUUUUUUUUAAUUAGUGUUUUAACUUUCAAAAUACUCUGAUGAACAGAAACAAUUUGAGUGUGGUAUUUUUAAAGAUGUAGUAGGUUUGAACUCCUUACCUCUUGUUUAGAUUUUUUUUUUAAAUGAAUUAAAAAAAUAUGUAUUUCCUACCCACACCUUAAAGUUUAAAAAAUAAUAAUAAUAUCCAUACAUUUAGCCCCACUUAUCUUUAGUUCAGUUGGUAUAAAAUCAACACAUGGUAGGGCAGAUUUACUUUUGGAAGUUUUAUUACGUGAUCUACAUUAUUUGAAUUUUGGUAGCACUGAAUUUAUUGUUUUAAAAUGAUUAUGGUUAUUGUUUCAUAUUAUAGUUGACGAUAUAUCCACCAUGGCUGAUAUAAUUACUAGCAUAGCAUUCAAAAAAAUAUUAAUGUUAAAUUAUCUGGAAGAAGAUAAAAAUAUAGAUCAUGAAUUAUUUCCUAAUCAUUCAAUACUUAGAUACUUGGUUUGUGGUCCUAAAAAUUGUGGGCGAACAAGUUUUCUUUUUGAAUUAGCAUUUCAAUUUGCAGAAAAUGAGAAAAAUGUGUUAUUUAUAAGCAACAAACAACUUGGGUCCUUGCCUUGUUUGUUUAAUUUUCGAUCCCAGCCAUCGUCACAUUCACUUAAAAGAAUUAAGAUUUUUUACACACCAAAGCCUAAUGAGUUUUUGAAGUUAAUGGCUGAAAUUCAUUUAGAAGAUUUGAUUUAUGAUUUAAUUUUAGUAGAUAACUUUGAUGAAAUAUACAAUCAUAAUAUGAAAGAACCUUUAUCAACUGCUACUAAGCUGUGUGCAUUUUUAUUUGAUGCUGUGGAUUAUUUUCAAAGCAAUGGGGCUAGAACAAUUUUGGCAGUUUCUAUCACAUGUCAUUCUGGUUGCACCAAAUUUAUUGAGGUGUUAGAGAAACAAUUAUAUAACCGUAUCGAAUAUUAUCCUCAUCAUAGUGGUAUUGGUUAUGUUAUAAAGAGCAGCAGUUGUUUAGGUAGUGACAGUGACAGCGAUGUUAUUGGAAUUCAUUCUUAUUUCAAAGAAGGACAAAUAUGGUUGGAUUUAUAGUAUAAAUCCAUUACAUUACAUUACAUUACAAGUGUAUAUAGUGUUCCCAAGUAUGGAAGUUAAAAAUUUUUUUUUUAAGCCAAAAAACUAAAAAGAAAUCGAAAACAACAAUUUUAAAAAUACUUUGUGAGUUCUAGACUCCUUUACAGAGUCUGAACUCUUGAGUUCCAAUCUGUGAUUUCCUAUCUCUGGUUCAUAUUUUUUUAUUGUACUCAAAACAAAUUUUUGAAUUAAGUUGCAACCAUGUUUAACAUUUUGUCAACCUUCCUGUUGAAAAGAAACUAAGAAAAAAGUUUGUUGCAAGAGUUUUUUGUUGUUAUUUUUUUUGCUUAUAUAAAUGUGUGUGUGUGUGUGUAUAUAUAUAUAUCUGCGUGUGUAUUGAUUGUAUAUAAAUAGAGAAUAAAAAUGUAUUUUUUUUCACAAAAUUUCUCUAAUUUUUAUUAA